AUGUACGAAAGCGUGGAUGUUGUGGGUUUUAGCCCCAGCCCCAGCCCCGGCUCUUUUCUGAGCAUGGACUACUACCACAGACCCCCGGGGCUCGGGCCGGAGAAGGGACUCCUGUCCGGUGUAGGAGGACUUCAGCGUCCGUUCGGAGGGUCAUUGGUGAGCGGCAGACACUGGAGCGGAUCCAGCCACUCUAUAGAGACUGAGAGCACGAGUUCAGGAGAGGACCUGCUUGUCCCCAGCCCCCCCUCCCCUCUGCCUCCACCCCGCAUCUACAAGCCCUGCUUUGUAUGUCAGGACAAAUCUUCAGGAUACCACUAUGGAGUCAGUGCCUGCGAGGGUUGCAAGGGUUUCUUUCGGAGGAGCAUCCAGAAGAACAUGGUGUACACAUGUCACAGAGACAAAGUCUGUGUCAUAAACAAGGUGACGAGGAACCGCUGUCAGUCCUGUCGACUGCAGAAAUGCCUCGAAGUUGGCAUGUCCAAGGAGUUGGUGCGAAAUGACAGAAUGAAGAAGAAGAAGGAAGAGAAGAGGCAGGGGGAGACAGAGAUCUACGUUCUCUCAGCAGACACAGAGCAGAUGAUUGAAGGAGUCCGCCGGGCCCAUCAGGGCACAUUCCCCUCCCUCGGUCAGCUGGGAAAAUACACCACGAGCAACAGCUCCGAGCACCGUGUCUCUCUGGAUGUCAGUCUCUGGGACAAGUUCAGUGAAUUGUCCACCAAAUGCAUCAUUAAGACAGUGGAGUUCGCCAAGCAGCUCCCUGGUUUCACAACGUUAACCAUUGCUGAUCAGAUCACCCUGCUCAAAGCCGCCUGCCUCGACAUACUGAUUCUAAGGAUCUGCACCCGCUACACCCCAGACAAGGACACCAUGACCUUCUCCGACGGUUUGACUCUGAACCGCACCCAGAUGCACAAUGCCGGGUUCGGACCUCUCACAGACCUGGUGUUCUCCUUCGCCAACCAGCUGAUCCCGCUGGAAAUGGACGAUGCAGAGACAGGAUUACUCAGCGCCAUCUGCCUGCUCUGUGGAGAUCGUCAGGAUCUGGAGGAGCCAGAGAAGGUGGAUGUUCUUCAGGAGCCGAUGCUUGAAGCCUUGAAGAUGUAUGUGAGGAGAAGGAGGCCUGAUAAACCCUGUAUGUUCCCCAAGAUACUGAUGAAGAUUACUGACCUCAGGAGCAUCAGUGUGAAGGGAGCAGAGCGAGUGAUCACACUGAAAAUGGAGAUACCCGGCUCCAUGCCUCCGCUCAUCCAGGAAAUGCUGGAGAACUCUGAGGGACUGGACGGUUAUGGAGCCGGGGGAGGGAAAGGGGGAGGAGGCGGAGGAAAAGGCAGAGGAGGAGGCAGAGAAGAGGAUGAAACCGAGCUCGGAAGUCUUUCACCAAAAUCAGUUUCCUCUCCCAGCCCGAGCCCCGUGCCCUGCUCCCCCUCUUCUCAUUCCUCAUCCACCUGAAGUGUUACACUCAGCACCCCUGCUCCCACACAGCAGACUCAGCCGACUGAAAGCAGAACAAAACUGCACCUAAUAACAGAUGAUCUGGAGGACAAAAAGUCUGAAUGUCUGAGCCCAUUACUGGUGACAUGUUUUGUCCGUGACAUUGAUUAAACCUGCCAGAGUGCCAGGAGGGAGGCGAAACAUCUAGGUGGUGUGAGGUUGGAUGAAAGCAGGUAAACUGUGCUGAGGACUGGAUUUGUGUUCAGGCAUCAUGGUUUUAUACAUAUAAAUGCAAAAAACAGCAUGUCACGUUUUUUGUUAUUUUUUUACAAUACCUAAAAAGUUAAUUAUAUGCAGACCGUCUAAACCUAAAUGAAGAAUUAUGGAGAUACGUGGACAGACCCAUGAAUAGGAUUCCUCUUGAAUCAAACAUUUCCUCAAUUAUGAAAAGGCAUAUAUAGUAUGCAUAAUGAUUAUGUGUAAAAUAUUGUAUAUAAAAAGGCUGUGAAAGAAGUUUUCAGACUGAGGCGGACUUAUACAAGAAGUUAUUUUCCUAAAUGUACAUGUGUAUAUACUGUAUUUCCCCAAUACAAAUGUAAAGAGUUCUCUCCCCCCACACACACACACACACACACACUGCCCCCAACCUUUUGCUUUCGAUCCCGUUACGGACACAUCAGGGGGGAAAAUCCUUGACUUCGCCACUGGAAUCAGAAAUGCAAACGUAAACUGGAGACUUUCUAUAGCUUGAGGCAAAUGUAUUUCUCCUUGCGUUACAAUGCAUCAUCAUCUGUAAGGAAAUAUGUAUUUAGUUUGUAUUCAGAUGUAGCUUCAGCAACUCAAGUGAACAAACUGUGAAACAUAAGACAUUUUAAUUGUAAUGUCAUACAAUAUCUGUUAGUGGACAAACUGUGACACCAGGAGUACAAACAGCCCACUCAAGAGUUUCCCCAGAAUGCAGAAUUAUAGUUUAAUUAAGUUGCUACCUUAAAAUGUACACGUUUGUUUUUAUAGUCUGCGCCAGUAACUGUCAUAGUCUGUUUACAGAGUGCCACUGUCUCACUACGACAUCCCUACACUGUCAGGUACAAAUCUCCAUUUUCAGUGUUGUCCUCUUUAAUGUAUGGUGAGAUAAAACUCAUUGGAAAGUAUAAAAAUACAAGGAGUUCAAUAAAGAAGUAUGAUUUUCUUCUAUCCUGA